ACCGUUCUCAGUAAUCAUGUAAUUCGAUUUAUCAAAUGCUAUUAUUUUUUGCAUCAACCCGACGCACAACUUCAUCUUCUUCACCUGUUUUCUGCUACUGGUUUUUUUUUUUUCAAUCUCUGCUAAUGGAAUUAAUCAAAUUAUAUCAGAUAAUUCUUCAUUUUUGAACAUGGGUUUGUUGUAAUUAUAUGAAAGUGAAGCGGAAAUUGUUCCGAUUUGAGUUCUGAUUUUGUCCAGUUAAUGAAAAAAAAUUAAAAAUUAUCAUCAUUCAGAAUUCUUCAAUUCGAUCGAUGCGGUGGAUAUUUCAAAUAACCUUGAGCUAUUGAUUGGUUUGUUCGAUUAUAUUUGAAUGAAAUUUGCAGUCAAUUUGAUUGAUUACCUGAGGAGAGGUAAAAAUAUUUGAGAGGACCACAGUGAUCAUGAUAACCAUUUGACAUUUGGGUGGGGGUUCUUUUAGCAAAGCCAACACACCACAUGGGUAAAGCAGGAGCUUAGUGUACAAGUUGGUAAUGCGUCAAGAUCAGUUUCUAUACUUGCACUAUUGACAGAUAAAUACACUUAUUCUGAAUAAGUUUGUGAGAUCUUCCUUGAAUCUCUAUCAACACACUUACUCUUUAAGUUCAGCCUCCAUGGAGAAAGCACGGUUAGCAUCAGCAGCAGAUCAAAGAAGUGAACCCCCACUACAGAAGGCAGCAACACCUUGGGUAGUAAUCCCGUAUGGAAAAGACAAGGAAUUUCAGACUUUUUGUAAUAUUUCUGAACUAAAUAACACAAGCUAUAGAAGAUUCCUACCAGAGUUGAAAGGGAAAUCUCUUUGGCAGAAGAAUUCUCAUCAAGUACUCAUGAUGGUGGUUGGAAUGGAAAUCCCAUGGUGUUUAUACUUUUUGUUAGAGAAGAUCUAAUACCAGGGAAGGAAAUUCUUGUGUUUUGUCAUCUUGGUGGCAAAGAAUAGAGAAGUCAUAAAUUUCCUGAAGAAAAAGAUGAAUUGGCAGGAAGGCCUGAAUCGAUUUGUUAUCAUAAAGGUAAGUUAUACAUGAUAGGGGGGGUUAAUAUUCCUAUUUGAGUUAGAAAUAAUGCCUGAGCCUGAAAUCAUCCUCUAUAUAAGUAAAGUUGGUAUUCAUCUCAACUGCGGAGGUGACUAUUUAGAGAGAAGCUUUGGCACUCCUUGUACAAAAAUAUAUUAUGUGGAGUCUUCUGAUGAAAUCCUCAGAAGUAUAAAACUUUUCAUUCCUAUAGGUGUUUAUGAUGAAUACUGUGUAACCAAUAUGCUGAUAUCCAAGUUUGAUUUCUCGUCAAUGACUCGGGUGGAGGUGACAAGUUUGGAUGGUCAUGUCCUCUUUCUCAGCGGAACUACUAGACUGUGUUGCUCGGCCAAGGAAUUGGGUUACGCACGUGGUUGGGUGUAUUUUACUCAACCUCGUGAGAUGAGCUUUUGCAAGUAUGAUUUAGAAGAUAAAACUUUUAUGCUUUCAAUGCCAUGUCCAGACCUGCCGAAGCCGUGGUUCUCCCCUAACUGGCUCAUGAUUCCUACAACACUCUGCAGGGACGACGACAGUAGCAAUACUAAGGUAAUAGAAAACUCUAGCUUAGCAAUAUCACCAAUUAGGCCAAGAACCAGUAUAAACAAUGAUGACGAUGAGAAGGAGGAUGAUAUUGAGGAAGCAAGGCCACCUUGGCAUACACUUAGCGAAGAUAUACUGUGGUUCUUAUCAAGUUAUCUAAGCCCGUUGGAUUACACACAUUUACGUGCUGUUUGUAGAAACUAUCGGUCGGUAUUUCCUAUAAAGGAUUGGAGAAAAUUUUGUUCUACUAGGACCUUACGAACCAAUGUUUUAUCUCCGUGGAUGGUUUUUCCCAAGGAUAAUGAAUCUGUGUACAGUUUUAUAAACCCAGUGCAUAAUGAUGAAAAUUACCUCACCAGCAUCCCUGAAUUGCUAAAAGGUUUAACAAUUCGCUGCUCGAAAGAAAGGCGGUUGGUUACUCAUGUCUAAUGAAAGCUGUCGGCAGCUCUUCUACAAUCCGUUCACCAAAGAAAUCAUCCAACUUCCACUGAUGAUGUGUGAAUGCCAGUUCCGAGGUAUGUCUUUCUCGUCCUUGCCGACCUCUUCAGAUUGCGUUGUUUUUGGCAUCAGUGACGACAAUAAUGACCCAAGGGAUUUUGUAUAUAUCACAUUCAUUAAACAUGGACAGGAUAGUUGGACGUUUAAGAGCUUUGAUAAUGUUUAUUUACAAUUACCAUCCAAUAGAGCAAACAUGAAUUUCGAUCUGAGUGUUAACAGUCCUGUUUACUACUACGGAGGUUUUUGUUGCUUGGAUCUGAACGGAACUGUAGGAGCAUUUUCAUUAGAGAAUGGCAUGACGUGGCAAGUUUUGUCCAUAGUACCCCCGCCUAAUUGUGGUUUUAUAUAUAAGAGUUACUUGGUAGAGCUUGAAGGAAAGCUUUUAUCUAUACUAUUAGGCCAUUAUGGGUUCGGGUAUUUAGAUUGGACUUUUCGAAAAUGGUUUGGGUUGAAGUUGAGCAUUUAGGGAAGCAUGUAUUGUUUAUCAGCAGCACCUCUUGUAUCGCAACAAUUGCUCCGACUAGUCAAAUGGAGAACAAAAUCUACUUUCCUAGGUUGCACAACGAAGGAAUUCUAUUUUAUUCUCUGGAUUCAGGUAAAUAUCAUUCUCUUGGGAGUGAACAUUAUGGUACAGAUUAUUGUAACUCGAAAGAUAACUUGAGGUGCAGCUGGAUAGAACCUAAUUGGUCGGAGACCACACACCCAAAUUUUGUGUGGUAAGCUAAGAGCAUUUGGAAAUACAUGGAUAUGUGAUUAUUUGCAUACUUGUGGGGAACAGUUUCAUGAGUUUCUUCUUCUUUUAUCAAGUGUGCGUAACUUUAUUUGUGUGUUGUAUGUUAAGAGCUUUCUGGCAGUGUUGUUGUAUUUCAGUAAAUCAGUUACUUGCAUUAUGAGAUAGAGAUCCCUUUUGUGCUUAAUUCUGUGUCUUUUAUGUAAAGAUUGACAACUUAGCAUUUCUGUCUUUGUACAUGGCAAUGAUGAAUGCUUUCAGAUUCUCUGUCA